AUGGAUGCAAACAACAGAACCGCCGAUGAUCUGCAGAAGAUCAACAACAAAACAUUAGGUACAAAUGAGAAUGCGUUUCCAGUUGUAACUCUCCCAAACGGGCAUAAGGUUCCAACAGGGACUGUGGGAGCACUUCUUGUCAACAUCAAGACGUAUGAUGAAAGCAACGAUGAUCAGAGGAAAGCUAUAGAACCAGCACUGCGGGCCACAAUACCAGUGCUCCAGCAAGUGGGCAUGUUUGAUCUCUUCAAGCCACAGGAAUGGAUUCAAGGAGGAAGCCCGGGAAGGGCUCUGGUUGGAAAACUAGCAAUGGAGCAUGGUGGAUCAGAAUAG